CCGAUCAGCUGAUUUCGAGCUGUCAGACACUAUAAGCCGGCCGGUGAGGAUAGUUUUCACGUACAUUUGAAAGAUCUGACGGAAAAUCAGAUUGAGAAAAUGAGUGACAUCCAGAUGUACGGUACUGAGCUUCGAUCUGAUCCUUUGGCAGACGAAAUAUUACAAAUUGUCAACGGUGCAACAAAAUAUAAGAUUAUGGUUCAGUGUAUAGAAGCCGGUUUCUUUGAUGCUUUAGAAAGCGUCGGAGAACCUGCGUCACUGGAACUCCUAUCAAAGAAGUUUGGGUACGACCUGGAGAUUUUGGAUAGACUGAUGAAUACAUUAGUUAGUUACAGGUUAAUCAUUGUCGAACAGAACAAAAAGGGAUCAAAUACUUACAAAAAUUCAGCAAGUACAUCCAAGUACCUAACACGAUCUAAGAAACCAACAAUGAUUGGUUUAAUCAUGAUGAACGAUAAGAUGUGCGGACCCCUAACAGAAAAUCUCCCCGAACUGUUGAAAAAUGGUCUACCCAAGUUUGACAUCAACAGAAAUAUAGCAGCCAUGAAAAACGGCAUGAAUAAGAAUGGAGUGAAUCUAACGGACCUAAAAAAUGAAAAGAACAUUACUGAAAUGAAAAUGAAAACAAUCAAGAUUGAAGACAAAAUAUCACCAACAUGCAGUCCAACCAAAACAAAUGUGUCAAAAAGUAAUAAAAUGCCACCGAUGCCGAAUGGAAUGAAUAUGAACAAAAUGCCACCAAUGCCUAAUGGCAUGAUGGCAAUGAAAAUGUCAAUGAUGUCACCUUCUAUGAUGUCAUCGAUGAUGCCUAAACCAAAUAACAUGGACAAUCCACCAUGUGACAUGUUAUCCAAAUUCAUUAUGUCAACAGAUGCAUUCUCUUGUUCGUGCGCCAGUGCUGUUGUGCGCGCUUUUGAUCUCAGUCCUCACCGAGAAGCGGUUGAUCUUGGUGGUGGAUCAGGUAGAAUCUCAAUUGAACUGUCCAACGCAUACACCAACAUGAAAGUAACGAUGUUUGACUUGCCUCCAGUUGUACAGCUCGCACAGAAAAUGUUUCCGCACAAUUCAGAUGGAACACUCCAAUACAAAGCAGGAGACUUCUUUGAAGACGACAUACCUUCAGGCGAUUUAUACAUACUGGGACAUGUUUUACAUGGCUGGGAUGAGCUUCAUGUGGAUCAACUUCUUAACAAAAUAUUCGCUAAAUUACCGCCAGGUGGCAGUCUGUUGGUUUUAGAGAAAGUUUUAAGUGACGACAAAUCCAGCCCAGAACUUUGUACGACCAAUGACUUAAUUCUGGCUUUAAUGUCGAAAGGAAAAGAACGAAAUGCAUCAGAAUAUCAAAAACUUUUUGCCAAGCAUGGCUUCACAAAUGUGCAAUUCCGGUAUAUUGACGGGUUCAACUACUGUGACGCAAUCUUAGUCAAGAAACCGUUUUAAACGUUCUGUCCAUCUAUUUGGCGUUAUGUUGUAUUUUCAGUAGACUCAAGAAGCCUGUUUGUUGUACUAUUUUUUUAAAUGGUCAUCUGAUAGGUUAUUUUACCUGAGGUCUGUACCUGGAAGUAUGUAACAUUUAAAUGAUAAUUUGAUAAUUUCCUUUUAUCAGAGACUCUUUUAAGUAUAUUUGGGCAAAAAAUUACUUUGUUCUCAAAUAUUUAAACGAAGUGACACUGUAAUUUUUAAAAGAAUGUCAGGAUAUAUUUUUUGUUAAGGUGGUACCAAACACCUUGACUAAAAUUAAUUUGGCUGGUUUAAUUUUCAUAAAAUUUUGAAAAAAUAUUUACUUUAAUCCUUUGACAAAAAUAUGAAAAUUUCAAAAAACUUGAACCAGACGCUUUAUCGGAAAAAUAAUAGUUUGACAAACACUAAUUUUGAUCAUUGAGAAGCUUAAUAUUACCUUAACAAAAGAACGUGAUUAAAACGUUCAGUUGUUUUUUUCAGAGUUAUCCCCCUGUAGUGUUAUGUACCACCUUAAAUUCGUUUUAUAUGUGUAUGUAAGUUGUCUAUUUAUCGGAAAGGAGUGGGUAUGAUAAAUACGAUUAUUCAGCACCACAUUUUUAAAAAAUAUUUAAAAUCCUCAAACCCUUCCAAAAUUAUAUUAAUUUUGUUGAUUGAUAUGGGAAUGUGAUAUGGACACUUACGACCAGAUACAGGAAUGUCACUUGUGAUGUCACGAUGACGUCACUAUGAUGUAAUAAACAUGUCGAAAUUGAGAUAUUUGACUCAAAAUGACACUUUUACGCCAUAGCUUUUGGUUAAUUAGAUAUGAGUUAAGGCCUUACCCAAAACAAUAUUUUAACCACAUUUACAUCUUUGAAUAAGAUAACUAAAUCAAUGGCAAAAUAUCUUUUGGGAUUUUGGCUCAUAUCUUAUAUCUGAAAAUGGGAUAAUUUGGAAGUUUAUGCAGUUUUGUAUAGAAUGCAAGAUUUUUUAGCCCAUAUUGAAUUAUAUAAAACAAUAUUAUGAAAAAAAUACAUAUAUGUGACAGAUUAAUAUCUUGUGGACUCCCAAAGGAUGUUAUUUGAUAGAUUUAUUGUACUCAGUUUUGAAUUUCGAAUUUAAGGGAGCAAAAGAUUUGCCUGGAAUACCUUCUCCCUUUUAUUUUGGGGUAUAUCUAAGAUAUAACAUUUUAAUUGGUGAAUGCAUAUUAUGGAGUUUAUCUAAAACAGUUUUGGUAGACUAGCAAUUGGUGGUUUUCUAAAGUGUCAUUUUGAAAAACUUUUUGGGUCUACUAAUGAGAUCUAUUUUUUCUCAACAUCCCCCAUUUAAACAUAUAUAAUAGAAUAAAGGUAUAUACUUCGUUUAAUAUUAAAAAGGAGAAUAUUUUGUAUAAGUCCCUUACAUAUAAAUAGGAAAUUAUUGGAUUUCCUAAAAGAAAUUAGAGUUAGCUUUUAUAUGUCUUUCAAAAAUAAUUUUUGAUGAUCUCCACUUUGUUUAGCUGUCGUUGCUCUACAAAAAUAUUGUGAAUACAUUCAAUCUUGCUUUUCAACAAUUUUUUUUUAGCAUUUUGUGUGAAUAGUCCAUUUAUUUUUAUUUGUGGGUUUCGUUUUCGUGAUAUAAUCUUAGACAUAACCAAUUUUUAUCAGGUUAGGACUCCUUCGUCCUGAUAUCAGGGGAUUUUUGUCGUUAAAGUGGUGUGAUAUACAACCAAGACUCAUUUUGAUACUAAAGUAUAAUUUGAAACAGAAAGGAUAUGCAAACAUGCAACUCCCAAUGCAAUUAAAAAACCCAACACUUAUCUUAAUAUUUGAUGUUAUGCAUAUUAAAGAAUAUGCUUACUACUCAGGUUGUCAGAGGCAUACAAACUUUUUAUAUACCUCAAAGAUUAGAUUCCUACAGUGAUUCUGAGUUGGAAAGACAAUGUUUACAAAUAAUAAAAUUUCUGAACUUCAACAUGGCAUCUUGUACCUUGUAUCUAGCCAAGCUAUGGAUACCAGUAAAAGGAAAGCAGAUCUCUAAUUCGUCGGACGAAUGGAGGAUUCGUCGUUACUUCAGUGAGGUGAUUUUGUCUAGGAAAGUACUGGAUCUCAUGAACUUCAAAUACCUCCGUCAUAAUACUCGGGCACUAUGUAUAUAUUGCUUUUAUUUUAGUUUUGGGUUUUCAUAAAUUCUUUUACAUUUAAACGAGUAAAUAAUGCAUUUUGUAUUUAAACAAUGCCCAAUUUCGUUUUAAUUUUGGUAAUCAAAACUGUACCGAGUUGAAUUUUUACCUAUGUAUUUUCUAUCAGCUUGGUGUGCAAGUCUUUCUUUUUACCAUUCUUCUUUUUGUUUGUUAAUAGGGCACAUUGUUAUGUUUUGUUUUCAUAUAUUUUUUUAUUGUGCAUCAGAAAUCAUUUUAUUAACCAGUAUGAAUUUGACAUGUUAUCAUCUUUAAUGAUGUUGUUUCAUACAAUUUAUUUAUUGUGAUUUAAUGUUGGAGACUUUCAGAGAGUAAAAUUAUAAAUGUGACCAAAUUGUCAUGGAGGUACUUUUGUCUUUAAACUUGUUGUUUUAGCAUAAUUUACAGAUAUUUAAUAAAUGUUCAAUUUUAGAA